GUAGCGGUUGCCGUGAUGGACGUGAUGCAUGCGUGUCGUUGUCGUUGCUGCCUGCUGUGUCCUCCGGAUAAGGACCUGACGACGCCGUACACACAUCUCGGCCAAACAGAGAUUUAUGCCGAUAUGAUCAAAGAGUGCUUUGACAUAAAUCUGGUGGUGGGUGGCGCGGGCUCGUGCGGCAUCUGCUCGGCGUGCGUGGGCCGCCUGCGAGAUGCGAGCGACUUCAAGCUGCAAGUGCAGCGCAGCCAGGCGGAGCUGCAGGCACUGCUUGUUAAAGCGGAGUCUGCGGUCAAAUCUGAGCAGGCUGAUGAUGGUGCGGACGAUAACUCUGUUUUUGAUGUGUUAUAUGUAGACCCCCUCGUCAAGUCGGAGACGGAUGAUGUGCUGAGUGACGGAGACUCGUCAGCGGCGGUGUGUUCGGACGGCAUCUCCGCCCGCGCCAGGGAACAGCUCGCGAUGGCUUGCGACGACGCGACUGUUCACAGUGGAGGCAAACCAUACGCCUGCGAACACUGUGACAAGCAUUUCAGAAACAAGUAUAUUUUACGAAAACACAUUCAACACACGCAUUCAUUGCCCGGACAAAAACCAUUUACUUGUGAUUUUUGUAAUUCUACGUUUCAAACCGAAUUGCUUGUAAUAGAACACAAGACAAGCGAACAUGGUGUUUCAAAUUUCAUGUGUGCUGAAUGUGAGUAUACAACAAGUUCCAAGAAAACAUUGGAAACUCAUUUAAAGAGUCACUCUUUGGAUAAUAAUUUCAAUUGUAGUCACUGUAGUUACACAAGUUCGUGUAAAAGUGAUUUACACAAACACCAAACAAUACACUUUGCUGGAAAUCAUUUCAAGUGUAGCGACUGUGAUUUCUUAUGCAGUGUUGAAUCAAACCUGCGACGUCACCAGGAGACGCACAAUCGGAGGCACCAGAGAAUACUCACUAGAAAACAGCCUUACAAAUGUAGUCAUUGCGACUACAAGUGCAGGGAUAUUUCUAAUUUAAGAAGACACGAAAGGACACAUACUGGCGAGAAGCCUUUUACUUGCAGCUACUGUGAUUACAAAUGCAGUCUGAAGUCAAACUUACAAAAACACCUGAUGAUACAUACUGGGGCGAAGCCAUUUCAGUGUAGCCACUGUGAUUACAAAUGCAGUCGGAAGUCAAACUUACGACAGCACCUGAUGAUACAUACUGGGGCGAAGCCAUUUCAGUGUAGACACUGUGAUUACAAAUGCGUUCGGAAGUCACUGUUACAACAACACCUGAUGAUACAUACUGGGGUGAAGCCAUUUCAGUGUAGCCACUGUGAUUACAAAUGCAAUCAGAAAUCACGCUUACAAACACACCAAAGGAUUCACACUGGAGAAAAGCCUAGCAAAUGUAGUCAUUGCGACUACAAGUGCAGUACUAUUUCUAAGUUACGCGGACACGAAAGGACACAUACUGGCGAGAAGCCUUUUACUUGCAGCUACUGUGAUUACAAAUGCAGUCUGAAGUCAAACUUACAAAAACACCUGAUGAUACAUACUGGGGCGAAGCCAUUUCAGUGUAGCCACUGUGAUUACAAAUGCAGGCUGAAGUCAAACUUACAACAACACCUGAUGAUACAUACUGGGGCGAAGCCAUUUCAGUGUAGCCACUGCGGUUACACAUGCGGUCGGAAGUCACUGUUACAACAACACCUGAUGAUACAUACUGGGGCGAAGCCAUUUCAGUGUAGCCACUGCGGUUACACAUGCGGUCGGAAGUCACUGUUACAACAACACCUGAUGAUACAUACUGGGGUGAAGCCAUUUCAGUGUAGCCACUGUGAUUACAAAUGCAGCCGGAAUUCAAGAUUACAGCAACACCUGAUGAUACAUACUGGGGCGAAGCCAUUUCAGUGUAGCCACUGUGACUACAAAUGCGGUCGUAAGUCACUUUUACAACAACACCUGAUGAUACAUACUGGAGUGAAGCUAUUUCAGUGUAGCCACUGUGAUUACAAAUGCAAUCAGAAAUCACACUUACGAACACACCAAAGGAUUCACACUGGAGAAAAGCCUAGCAAAUGUAGUCAUUGCGACUACAAGUGCAGUACUAUUUCUAAGUUACGCGGACACGAAAGGACACAUACUGGCGAGAAGCCUUUUACUUGCAGCUACUGUGAUUACAAAGGCAGUCUGAAGUCAAACUUACAAAAACACCUGAUGAUACAUACUGGGGCGAAGCCAUUUCAGUGUAGCCACUGUGAUUACAAAUGCAGGCUGAAGUCAAACUUACAACAACACCUGAUGAUACAUACUGGGGCGAAGCCAUUUCAGUGUAGCCACUGCGGUUACAUAUGCGGUCGGAAGUCACUGUUACAACAACACCUGAUGAUACAUACUGGGGUGAAGCCAUUUCAGUGUAGCCACUGUGAUUACAAAUGCAGUCGGAAUUCAAGAUUACAGCAACACCUGAUGAUACAUACUGGGGCGAAGCCAUUUCAGUGUAGCCACUGUGACUACAAAUGCGGUCGUAAGUCACUUUUACAACAACACCUGAUGGUACAUACUGGGGUGAAGCCAUUUCAGUGUAGCCACUGUGAUUACAAAUGCAAUCAGAAAUCAAACUUACGAACACACCAAAGGAUUCACACUGGAGAAAAGCCUAACAAAUGUAGUCAUUGCGACUACAAGUGCAGUGAUAGUUCAGCCUUACGAUCACAUGAAAGGACACAUGCUGGCAAGAAGCCUUUUACAUGUAGCCACUGUAAUUACAAAUGCAAUCAUAAAUCAAACUUAAAAACACAUGAGAGAAUACAUACUGGAGAAAAGCCUUUCAAAUGUAGUCAUUGCAAUUACAAGUGCAGUGAUAAAUCCAGCCUACGACGUCACCAGAAGACGCAUACUACAAAGUAGUAAUUGCUAGAACAAGCCUGAAACAGCACCAGGGAAGACACUAGUUUAUACGCGGAAGAGAAGCCUUAUAGGGAACGUUCGCGUUGUAGGGUAUGUCGCCUUUUGUUUGACCUAAAUCGGAAACUUAUUCUUGAUAUUGACAUUUCACAUUGCGUCAAUAAGCAGGGGGCCCCCGUGAUGCCCCUUACUGUUUACGCACGCUCCCUUGU